AUGGUGCUUCACCAGUUCGACUACAUCUUUGCCAUAGGCACCAUCUUUUCGUUCCUCGACGCGUGGAACAUUGGUGCCAACGAUGUCGCCAACUCUUGGACCACAUCGGUCUCGUCCCGAUCCAUCACUUACCUCCAGGCCAUGGUUCUGGGUUCCGUCCUCGAGUUUGCCGGAGCCGUCGGUGUCGGUGCCCGAGUGGCCGACACCAUUCGAACCAAGGUCGUCGACAUUGACCAGUUCGAGAAUGAUCCCGCCCUCCUGAUGCUGGGCAUGAUGUGCGCCAUCGUCGCCUCCUCCCUGUACCUCACCUUCUGCACCCGUAUCGGUCUUCCCGUCUCUACUACCCACUCCAUCAUGGGCGGUGUCAUUGGCAUGGGUAUCGCCUUGGUCGGCUCUGAUGGUAUUCACUGGGCCGAGUUCGACAAGGGCAUCAGCUCUGGUGUCGUCUCUGUCUUCCUCGCCUGGAUUAUCGCCCCCGGUCUGGCUGGUGCCUUUGGUGCCAUCAUCUUCAUGAUCACCAAGUAUGGAGUCAUGCUUCGAAGCAAGCCCGUCUGGAAGGGUCUCUUCCUUACCCCCAUCUACUUUGGCAUCACCGCCUCGCUCCUUACCAUGCUUAUCGUGUGGAAGGGUGGCUCCAUCAAGGUUGACUUUACUGACGCCGAGACUGCCGGUCUGAUUGUUGGUGUCGGUGCCGCCUGGGCUCUCAUCAUCUCCAUCUUCCUCCUGCCCUGGCUCUACCGCCUGGUCAUCGUCGACGACUGGCAGCUCCGCUGGUGGCACAUCCCCAUGGGUCCUCUCCUGCUCAAGCGCCCUGCUCCUCCUCCUCAGCCUGAGGGUGCUGAGGGUGGCAUCAGCGAUUUCUACGAGGGCCACCUUACCCGCGAGGAGCUUGAGGAUCUCCGACGUGCUGGCCGUGAGGGUAGUGACGAGUUUGAGCGCGCCCAGGAGCAGACCAGCAACGAGGGCAAGAAGGUUUCCGAGGAGACCCCCGAGCACACCGCCGAGCCUGUCGAGGUUAAGCCCAAGCGUAGCAUCAUCGGUCCCAAGCCCGACGGUCCCUGGUACAGCGGCGCCAUGCUCUUCUGGUACCUCAAGUUUGUCUUCCUCCAGGGUGUCGACCAGGACAUCAUCAACAUGCAGAAGAAGAAGAGCAUCCUGACUGGCGACCUGGACGAGAUUCACGCCAACGUUCCCCACUACGACAACCGCGCCGAGUACCUCUACACCUUUAUGCAAGUCAUGACUGCUUGCACUGCCUCCUUCACCCACGGUGCUAACGAUGUGGCCAACGCUAUCGGCCCUUAUGCCACCAUCUACCAGGUCUGGCAGACUGGCGCCAUCAAGAGCAGCAAGUCUGACGUUCCUGUCUGGAUUCUCUGCUUCGGUGGUGCUGCCAUUGCCCUGGGUAUCUGGACCUAUGGUUACAACAUCAUGCGCAACCUGGGUAACCGCCUGACUCUUCACUCUCCCUCUCGAGGUUUCUCCAUGGAGCUGGGCGCCGCUGUUGCUAUUAUCCUGGCCACCCGUCUUAAGCUUCCUGUUUCCACCACCCAGUGUAUCACCGGUGCUACCGUCGGUGUCGGUCUCUGCUCUGGUACCUGGCGCUCCAUCAACUGGCGCAUGGUCGUCUGGAUCUAUAUGGGCUGGAUCAUCACUCUCCCCGUCGCUGGUAUCAUCUCUGGCUGCAUCUGCGGCAUCAUCAUCAACGCUCCCCGCUGGGGCUACCAGGGCUAA